CCAACGACACAGCCCAAAGAGUAAUCACAAAGUGCAGGAGGAGGAAUAGCAGGCACACGCAAAACUUCUAGCUUCCAGAUUUGAUGUAGCAUCUCUUUGAGUAGCAAACGCACAACGCAUCCGUAUUUCGCGCUGAGAACGGGCUUGGGUUGCGUGACGGUGAGGGGACCCUGGAAGUGGCCCUUUAACUGGAUACUGCAUUACCUUUGCUGCAAGCUGAGUAAUGGGAUGUGCAGAUUAAAGACUCAAAUAUAAACAUGCCAAAGAGGAAGACUGCCAAAAGCUCAAAGCCUGCCAAGACUUCUGGAGAGCAGGUAGGAGAUUCAAGAUCUUUGAACAAGGUCAAGUUGGCAAAGAAGAAGCAAAAGCAAAUAACAGUUCUAAGUGAACAAGAGCAAAAAUGCUUGUUGGAACAAAUCACUGAUUUAAUAUUCAAAGAUAUACCAAAAUCUCAAGUCAGCUUGCUGAAUGACUAUGUGGAAUCAGAAUUUAUUCUGAUUGAUGGUGAUUCAUUGUUCAUCACUUGUGCAAGUGACUCGACACUUCAGCGAGGGCAGAACUUGCACUUCUUUUUCCUAGUCGAAUGCUUUUUGCUGGAUUUAACAAGCAAAGGAGCCAAAUACAUCAUUGUUUUCUUUAAGGAUGCAGAACAGAUAUAUCAUGAGAAUCCUGAUCUUCUUUCCUUGAGAACUGCUUUGAUAGUCCACCUUGUCAACAACACUGAUAUUGCAGUUCAAACUGAAUUUUCCAAUUGCUUAGAUGAUAGUUGGAAUGAUUUUCUGAAAAAAAUCUCCCUAUCUUUCUUAAUAAUCUCUGAUGAAGGACUGAACCAACUGCAGACUAAUUUGCUUCAUAUAUUUAUUAUUCAUGCCUUGUCAAGGAGAAUCAGCAUUGUCUUUAUAUCAGGCCAAGAAUCGGACAUGGUCAGGAUUUAUGGGUAUCGUAUCCAUGGUGGAAAGGAUCAUCAGGAAUUUUUUAGAAAGCACCAAACAAAUAUUAAGUUGUGUUUGGAAAAUCUGUUGAAAAACUUGGAGAGAUCUGGUACAGAAGUAUUACUUUCCCUUUUGGGAUGUUUGUGUCUGGAGGCUGUGAAAGGAAAGGGGAAAAGAGACAUCCGAUAUAUUGUCUGUAUUGUCUCAUGUUCACUGGUGCUGGAAGUACACAAUAAGGAAUUACAAAGUACCACUCAAAAGCAGAAACCGCCGUUAACAUUGCAAGACGUUGCAGACCUAAUCAGAAUGUAUUGCCUCAGUGUGGCUUUGCUACAUCACUUGCCCCUUUCACAACGGAUUCAAAUUAGACUCAUCACUAAUAACUGGAAUAAGGAAACUUCUGUGUUAAUUCAACAGCAUAGGUUUUGUGAGUUUCUUGUAUUGAAACACCUUACCUCGGAAAUGUUGUGGAACACGGAUAUGUUUGCCUUGCCUGAUUUACAUGAUGAUCUCCUGUGGAAGAACAUUGUUCACUAUUAUGAAGUAGAAGGCGGCCAAGAGUUCGGUUUGGAUAUAAGGUCAAACAUUUGUAGAGAUUAUGAAUAUUUGUGGAGUAAUAUUUCAGCACUGUCUAAAACAGUUGACGUUGGAACUCCCUUUCCUCUGCGAAGAACUUCUAAGUGUUUUCUUACAAAGAAGUCCUCACUAAGUGAAGCAAAUGCAUCCAAGAUGACAGUUCCUAGAAUAAAGCUUAUACCAAUGAUGUGCACUGUAGUGGAUGAAUUUGCAGGGGAUAUUUUAAAGGACCUAGCAUUUUUAAAAAGUGAUGAUCCUAGUGAUACAUCUGCAGAAAACUGGGGAAAAAAUAAUAAACACCUGUGUUGGAAUUCAAGAAGACCUCUCACUGAUCACUAUGCUGGGACAGGAGCAGCUGAAGACCUAUGGGCCCUACAAAACCUUUCUGUAUUGCAAACAUCUCGGUGUUGUUAUGGACAGUCAUUAGUAGAUAACAGUUCAAAAAUGAAUGAUAUUGAGUUGGAUAAUUCAAAAAGUAUUUGUACUGAUGUUGAGAAGAGCAAGAAAAAUUAUACACAAGCACAAAUGAUUAUUGAGGAAAACCAGAAACAAAAGAGAGCUGAAGAAAUACAAAAAAGAGAAAAGAUUCAGUGGGAUGACAGCUGUAUGUCAACUGAAAGAGAAAUAAAAGAUAAUUUUAAGUCUGGAAUUGAUAAUCUAGAAACAAUUGUGAAAACGUUUCAAAAUAAGUCUGUGAAACUUGCCAUUAAAAUGGCUGGGCUGAAUGUUUGCUUUGACAAGUGGAAAGAACACUGUGAAGAUAAAGGUGAGCCCCAGAAAAACUUAAACUUGGUAGUUGGAAUCAUGAGAAGAAUCCACUCACUGCUUACAAACUAUCAGGAUGUAUUGAAGGAGGAUGAUUACCAACAGAUUGUCAAAUACCUUAGGUAUCUUGGAUUUAGCAAUUUGAUUGCUACUUCAAAACACACCAAGGUUCAAGGGGAGAAGGGACAAGCAUUUACAAAGAAGUUGUCCCCGUAUGCUACUGGCAUAGGAUCAGCUCGAUUUCAGCUAGAAUAUAUGGGCCAAUAUCUGAUACGAGAAGAGAGAGAUGAUCCAGAUCCCAGGGUGCAGCAUUUUAUUCCAGAUACAUGGCAGAGAGAAAUUCUUGACAUAGUGGAUAAUAAUGAAUCUGCAGUGAUAGUUGCUCCUCCAUCAUCUGGAAAAUCAGAAGCUUCUUACUAUUGUGUAGAAAAAAUCCUGAGAGAUAGCAAUGAAGGCACGGUUGUGUAUGUUGUACCUACACAGGCUCUUGUAAAUCAGGUGGUGGCAACUGUUUAUGGUCGAUUUAACAAAACACUGCCAGAGGGUCUUACUUUAUGUGGUAUUUUCACACAAGGUCAUUGGCAUGCAGCCUUGAAAUGUCAGGUCCUCGUGACUAUGCCUCAAUAUUUUGAAGACUUACUUCUGGCACCUCAUCACCAAAAAUGGGUGAAAAGGAUAAGAUAUGUUAUAUUUGAUGAGAUCUGUUACAAUGGAAUAGACGUUGGAACAGAGGUUUGGGAGUCCCUGCUACUUAUGAUUCAGUGUCCAUUUUUGGUUCUUUCUGCAGCUAUUACCAAUCCAGAACAUCUUGUUGAGUGGCUGCAGUCAGUAAAAAGAUACUGGCGGAAGUGUGCGAAAAUUGCAGUCUCGGAGAACUCUGGAUCUUCUGCAGCUGCUGAGGAGAAGACUAAUAAGAAAAGUGCCAGAAAGCAAAAUAAAUUAUACAGGUUGAAACUAGUGCUGCAUGAAGGGAGGUACAAUGAUUUUGAAAGAUACGUAUGUUCUGUAAAGGAUGAUGACUUCACUAUUCAUCACUAUCACCCCUAUGCUGCACUAACUGUUGAGCAUAUUAAGAAGUAUGGCUUCCCAGUGGACCUUGUCUUGUCUCCUCGAGAAACUAUUGUACUAUAUGACACUAUGGUUAAAGUCAGGACAAACUGGCCAAAGGCAGAUAAACUGGAUCCUGAAAAGUAUAUCCAUUUCAAGAACAAAACAGUAAUAACAAAGGCAGAUGCAAGACUUUAUGAGAAAAAGCUGAAGAAGGAAUUUAAAAUGUGGAUUGAAUGUGAUUAUAAUCAAGAGGCUGGAAAAGUGCUAAAACUACUCAAACCUCCUGUUCAGUGCUGUUCUGAAAAACAAAUGAGCGAUAGAUUUCCACAUUUUGUUGAAAAACUACAACAAAUGGAUAAAUUGCCUGCAGUUUUCUUUAUGUUGAACAUUAAAAGAGCUGGAGAUUUGGCUAAAAAAGUGUACCAUUUCUUGGAGGAGAAGCAAAGGGAUAUGCAAAUUGAAAAGCAAGAACCAUUGCUAACAACAAAAUUGGGAAAUAUUGAAAAAUCUGCGAACACAAAGCAGACUGAUGACAUGAAACUACCCUGUGAAAAUGACAGAACACUAGUUGGGAAAAUGCAACCUGAAAAUAUAAUGCAACAACUUGAGAAGAUUGUUGAAGUACCUGCUGGUUGCACUUAUGCAAAUUAUAAAGCUGUUGACAUAAAGGAUUUGCACAAGAUAUUUGAUUAUGCAAGAUUCAUAGCAAAGCAUGAAGAUCUCAAAAAACUGGCACUAAGAGGCAUUGGGUACCAUCAUGCCUUUCUGGAACAAAAAGGGAAACAAUUUGUAGAGAUCCUUUUCAAAAUGGGAUUUAUCCAGGUUGUGACAGCCACAGGAACUCUGGCUUUGGGAAUUAACACGCCAUGUAAAUCUGUUGUCUUUGUGCAAAAUUCUGAAUAUUUGGAUGCUCUGAACUAUAGAUGGAUGUGUGGACGUGCCGGGCAACGUGACUAUCACUUGUUGGGAAAUAUAUAUUUUUAUAAUAUUUCACUGUCAAAAAUUGAGAAGCUUGUGAAAUCUAAUGUACCCCAAACUCAUGGCCAGUUUUUUCUGACUGUUUCUCUGAUAUUGAGACUCAUGGCAUUUGCUUCAGAAGCAGAGGACAAAGCUGAUGCAAGAGGAAAGGUUGUAUCAUUACUGAAGAAUUCACUUCUGUCCUUUGAACAACCUAAAAAUCUGAUGGUUUCAAAGCUCUAUUUCUUGUUUUCGGUGCAGUUUCUUCUCAAAGAGAGAUAUGUGGAUCGAGAAGGUAAUGCUGUGGGAGUUUCUGAACUUGUGACCCGAUUACAUUGUCAUGAACCUUCCAAUUUUGUUUUUGCCAACUUCCUUGUCAAAGGCUUGUUCUACAAGCUGUGCCACCCAAGCCAUACAGGAUCAAAGGUCUUUUCUAAGGAUGUGAUGGAAAAGCUUGUGUUAGUAUUGGCACAUCUUUUUGGAAGAAAAUAUAUGCCUGCUGCUGUUGUUAAAUCUAAACAGAAUUUUUCCAAAUCAAAGGUGUUCCUUGAAGAUCUCCCUGAAGAUUUUGCUGCUGCUUUAGCUGUGUACAACCACAAAAUAGAAGAAAACUUUGGACAAUUUCUACAAACUUUUUCCUGGCUGGCUAACACGACAGAAAGAUAUCAACUUCCCAUUUCAAAACUUGAUUUUUCAAGUAAAGAACAACCUGAUUCUUCACUGGCAUCUCACAUAAUGAGCUGUGACCAGGAAAGGAUAGCACUUUCUCCUUUUGUAUGCCUUUCAGGAAAUUCAGAUCUUGACUUGUUGCACGCAGGGACUGUCAAUAACGUUAUGCUGCAUGCGCUAGGUAUUCCUGCUGCAAACAUUCCCAUCCUUUAUUUGAAGAAAUGUGAUAAACAAGGAAGAGGAAUGCCACUUAAUGCAUAUGUGCUUGACUUCUACAAACAUGGUUCUUUGGCAGCUCUGUCUCAAGAUAAUGGGCUACAUGAAGGAGAAGCUUAUCGUUUGCUGAGGGACUUUGCCUUUACUGUUAAAACAAUCAGUGUUUCUUUGCGUGAUGUUUGUGGCAGUGAAGACUGGAAUGUUGUGCGGGCAUUUGAACAAUUAAGCCGCAGCUACUGGGAAAAACUGGAAAGGGUUUCAAAACAAAACUAAUAUGUUGAAGAUGUACUGGAAAACCAUGCUUUGUAGAGAGGGGGUCUUUUUAUAUGAAUGAAUGUGUACAGGUGUAUGACUGGGGAGCCAGCAUAGUGGUUAAGAGUUUUGGAUUUGAUCUGGGGAAACUUGAAUUUAAAUCCCUGCUUCAGCAUGUAACUCACUGGGUGACUGGCUAGUCUCUUACAGGGCUGUUGUGAGGAUAAAAUGGGCUGAUUUCAUGAGAUCCUUGGUGGAAGAGUGGGAUUCAGAUGUAAUAGAUAACUCUUGGUUGAAUUGAUAAUUCUGCAAAUUGAUUGGAGGAUAUCUAGCAUAAUUCUAUUACGUAUUUUAUCAGUAAACGUGAAUAAUAAAGAUUCUUAAAGAUUUUAUGUCAAUCAGUAAACCCUGUGGCUGACAUUCCAUGCAGCCUGUUAGCCCUAUUGUAUGGGACAGAAAUGCUCUGCCCUUUUGCAGAUGACCGAGUGGCCAACAUGCCACACAACAGAACAUUGGCAUGAGGGACCCACUGGGGCUGCUGCACAAUAUGGAAGGCAGCUCUGAUGGUGUUGUGUAACAGGGCAGCUGCAGAAGUUAAAAUAAUGGAAGUAGUGCUACGCAACUGUGUGGAUGCUGUUUUAAGUUGUUGUGCAACUGUUCAAUCAUACAGCACCAUUGGGUCUGCCUUUCACACUACUCAGCAGCUCUAGCAGGUCCCUAACACCAGUAUUCCCCUGUGCAAAACACUGGCCACCUGAUAACAUUGGAUGCAUUCUUAUUAAACCUGUAGUAAUAGUUUGUACGUAGGAGUUUAAUCUAGUUUGCUAAUCACUGUUCCCUCUAAGGUGCACACGCGUGCGCACCAACUUCCAAGCCCUCGUGCAGCAGUUUCUGGUGGAUGUGCAGUCUCUGCUGUGCUCGCCACUGUUGCCCAACUGUCCGGCACCCCGUUUUUCCCCCUCCCCAGCUGGGAAGCAUUGCCACACCUUCCCUUUCUCCCCGUCCAGGUCGCCCCUCCCCUCCUGGGCCGCCUCCUCCAGUUCUGGCUGGAUGGAGCAGCCAAGAGAAGAGGGAAGGAAGAGGAUGGGAGGCAGCAGCGACUUCCCUGCUGGCAGCUCCCCCUCCCCGGCAAAAAAAAAAAAGGUGAAAUUUUUUUGUGUGCCACACUUUUCAGGGCACAAUACUUCUUAAAAUGGUGUGUGUGAGUGAGAGAGAGAGUUAUGUCCGCACACUGCUUUGAUGCUGCCACCCAGGACUAAGCACUUUCUGCUCAGUUAUUAUAAAAUUAGAGGGAACACUGUUAACUAACCUUCGUUAUGGUACAAACUGAAUAUUAUAAUAUGUAUUGUAAUUGUCAUUGAUUGUACUGCUGGUUUAUGUCUAAUAAAAAUUGAUUGAUUUAA